AUGGCGGAGUCGAAAAUCCCCAGCCUCCAGCAGCGACCGUGCGGAUAUCUCAGAGCCUUGAACAUAGGGAAAUGGUUCCUCGUACCGAUAGCAGUGUUAUGCGGUCUUCUCUGGGUCUUCGUAAUUGCUGCCAGCAUUUUCUCUGCUGUUUAUGAGAAGAGCGCAAGCUCUCGUGAUGAUUAUCCCCCAAUUCGAUGGAAAGAUACGCUGGAAGACUGCGACCCGUUAGUAUUUUUAGCUGCCCGACUCCUUAGUUGCAAAAUGAAUAGGAAACUAACCAUGAACUUCUGCCUUAGAGGACAAAUAAUAUGGCUGUUUAUUCCCAUUGCAAUUGAGACAUUUCAUGUUCCAAUUCAGCUAUGGCUGUAUGCCAGGAAUCUACUGCAUCCCAUCGCUGCCUUGGUACUAUCAUUUUGCUUCAUGGGGUUGUGGGUGUCCUUCUCCGUCCUGGCUCCGUUGAUCGAUGCCUGCGUCGAACAGAAAUUCCCAGAUGCAUGGUACGGCUUAUUCUGGGCUCGACAGGUGACUGGAUACCUGAUCACACUGCUAUACCUGGCUUACUUCGGAUUCUCCUGCGCCGCAGUCCAUCACUGGAAAUUGGGCAAGAAGGCGGUGGACGGGACCUCAAGUGACGGUGAUACCGAAAUGAAGGCGUGA